AUGUUCGGUAUACCGCAUGUUGUCGCUGGAAUUGUUGCUGUGAUAGGCUUUCUCGUCUAUCACCAAUGCAUUCGAAAGAAGAAUGGCUCGUUGAGUCUUCCUCCGGGGCCACAGGGUCUGCCCAUCCUUGGUAACAUCUUGGAUCUCCCACCAUCCGGGAAGCCCGAGUUCCAGCAUUGGCUCAAGUUCAAGGAUCUCUAUGGCCCAGUCAGCUCCAUGACUGUGCUGGGCCAAACUUUUGUCAUCAUCCACGACAAGCAGGCAGCGGAUGAAAUCAUGGGCAAAAUGUCGUUGAAGACCUCCAAUCGGCCGAGAUCGGUUUUUGCAUUCGAUCUGUGUGGGUUUCAAAAGUUCACGUCGGGUAGACAGUAUGACGCAGACUUCCGGCGGCAGAGGAAGUUCAUGUACCAACAAGUAGGUACAAAGACGAUCGUCGCACAGUUCCAUGGCGUUCAAGAUGUCGAGUCGUGGCGCCUUUUGAGACGGACCGUGGAUGAUCCCCAAAAUCUUAUCAAGCAUUUUAGGACCGAGUCGGCCGCCAUCAUCCUGAAAACCGUAUAUGGCUAUUCUAUCGAGCAAGACGCGGUCGAUCCUUUGACGAAAUUGAUCGAGACAAUGAUGGUCAACCUUUCACAAGCCGUGAUGCCCGCAGCAAGACUGGUUGACAUGAUACCUGCUCUUAAGCACUUACCCGAUUGGUUCCCAGGGACGGCAUUCAAGGAGACAGCCCGGCAAUACAACAAGGUCAACCAUGAUGUGGUGAACAUUCCCUACUCGUUCGUUAAGCGGCAAGUGGCAAACGGCACCCAUCGCCCAUCGUUUGUGUCGGGCCUUAUUGAACGAUGCAACAGUGAAUCGAAAACUGGAAAACUCGACUACGCCGAUGAGGAGGCUAUCAAAUGGGCGGCAGGAGUCCUUUACGGUGCGGGAGCAGAAGCUACUGUAUCAGUUAUGACCGCCUUUACAUUGGCCAUGACUCUAUUUCCGGAAGUACAGCAGAGGGCACAAGAGGAAAUUGAUGAAUUGAUUGGCACAUCUCCAACUCGAAUUCCUCAGUUCGAGGAUCAGGAACGGCUGCCAUAUACCUCGGCUAUUGUCAAGGAAGCUCUUCGAUGGUUCUCAAUUGUUCCAGUCACCACACCGCAUGCAGCCAGUGACGAGGUCAUCUAUGAUGGUUACCGCAUUCCCAAGGGAACGAUCCUGCUCCCCGCGGUGUGGUGGAUUCACCAUGAUCCUCAAACAUAUCCAGAUCCGUUUCGCUUCUCUCCAGAGAGGUUUCUCAAGCCGCGCAAUGAACCUGAUCCGGUCGAAGCAUUUGGUUACGGCCGCAGAAUCUGCCCUGGGCGGUAUAUGGCCGAUGAUACUCUCUUCAUAACGAUUGCUCGGCUGCUAGCUAAUUUCAACAUCAGCAAGGCGGUAGACGAACAAGGGGUUGUGAUGGAACCCAAACUAGAACAUGUGCCAGGGCUGGUUAGCCAUCCCGCGAGUUUCCCGUUUAGUAUCACAGUGAGGAGCGGGGAGCAUGAAGAACUCAUCAAAUCCAUUGGGGUCAAUCACUAUUGGGAGAAGAGUGACGCUGAUCUUCUUGAAUCUGGGGAUGGCAGAGAGAAGAGGGGAUAG